AUGAAAAAGUAUCUGCUAUUCUUCACGUUCCCAUGUUUCUUCCUGUUCCCAAUGAUGUUUGUCUACCAGUCCAGUCUAUUUGGUAGUCCGCAGAGUCUAACGGAAGAAAAUGAUUAUGGAACGAUGGGUCCCGUUUCAUUCAAGAAAAGAUCCCUAAAGAGCUGUGAAUCUUUGGUCUCUCAAAUGAACACUUCCAUACCAACACUCUUGAUUGAUGUAGAAUUUUUGCAAAUGUUGGAGAAGGGAAGUUGUGAGACAUGUACUGGAAGACCUAUAAAGAUCGGUGUAGACGUCAAGCAUCUUUCUGCAACGUGGAUUCUGGAAGACCCUCGAUUUGAAGUAUUAUACUUCACGAAUGAGUCAGCAAAAGAUUAUUUGGACUUCCGAUCAGAUCCACGAAAAAUUGUACCGAAAAAGUUUCCGACGCGUUGGGUUGGUAAUGUGGAAGUUCCUAACAACAUAAAAAUGUUUGUUGGGUUCUGGCAACGUGCCAAGUUCGCGGAAUGUUUGAACUUGCAUAUACCAAGGGCUGGAGCAAAGGUCCGAAUGCCGGCUCGCCCGUCGUCCGCUGUACUGGCUCGUCUUCGUGAUGAGGUAAUCGAAAAUGAGAUGUUUCCAUUCUUAAAUGGGGGAACUCUACUAGGAUGGUACAGGGAGUGCUCCGUGAUACCACAUACCCAAGACAUGGAUAUAUCGGUGUUUGCUGAAGACUACAAUUCCGGAUUUGUAGAAAAGAUGGAGAGAAACGAUUCCAGUUUUAUGAUAAAGAGAAAGUUCGGAAUGACCAAUGACUCAUUCGAACUCACUUUGGCUCCAAAAGACGGUUUCAGAGUAUUCAUUGAUGUCUUCUUAAUGUAUCCUGGCAUAGAAAACGGCACAGUCACUCAUCACUGGGUGGGCGGAGUCUCUCCUGACGGCACAAAGUAUAAGUACACCUAUCCAGUCUACGAUCCUUGGUGUGCUGCUGACUUGCACGGUCACAUUUUCUGGGUCACAUGCACGCCUAACGAGAAAAUUGUGAAAGAAUACGGUAAACUAUGGUAUCUUGACCAUCUGACAUCGAAGUACUCAUGGAAUUCGUCUGGAAAAAAUGUGAAAAGAAAUGGGAAAUGGACGAAGGAGCAGAUGAAGGAAGUGUAUAAAGUGUUCAAGGGAGUUUAUCAGAAAUGGAAAAAACUGUGUUCAUUAAAAUAUUCCAGUAAAACUGUUUUUUUUUCCAAAAAAUCUGGCAAAAUGUAG